AUGGCUUUUGUGCAACAUCAAAAGGGUCCUGAUGUAGUGAGAUUGUUCGGAUUGUUACAACCUCUAGCAGAUGGUUUGAAAUUGAUUCUAAAAGAACACAUUUCACCAAGUAGUGCUAAUUUUUCCCUUGUUAGAAUGGCUCCAGUGGCUACAUUUAUGUUAAGUCUGGUCGCUUGGGCCGUUGUACCUUUUGAUUAUGGUAUGGUAUUGUCAGAUCCGAACAUAGGGCUACUUUAUUUGUUUGCCAUAUCUUCGCUAGGUGUUUAUGGAAUAAUUAUAGCAGGUUGGUCUAGUAAGAUGGGGGGCGGCCGUUCGGUCGCCUAUGAUAUGUGUGGGCUUACAGGGCUAGGGCUCAUAAACCCUUUCUUUCAUUCAUCAAGGGGUCAGUCACUUUUCCAGGCCGGGAACGAGAAGUGGAAGUCAUAA